UUUUACUUCACGCUAUCUUCCAUUCUUUUCCUCCCUCGCAUCAUUGUCACUGGUAAAUAUCUUGAUUUGCUUUUGAUAUACAGAGUUUGAAUUCCGUCUCUCCUUUGUACAUAUAUCAUCUUGAGCGUCCUGGUGAUGCGGUCGACCGCGUAUUGUUGACAUCCUUUUUUACUUUACUUCUCCCCCCUCCGCGCAGCCCCCUAGUCACGUUCCGAGGCCACCAUCGGAGGGACCCUUGCAGCUGCAAUUUCCAACGGCUCUUUCGGUCCGCUAUAUUAAGACGUUGACCGAGUGACACCUGCACUCUUUCUUUUUCCUGCUUUCUCCUUUUCCGAUCAUCUAUGCAACUGGCUGGGAUUGAAUCAUGCCGUCCAUCCCACCAUCUCCCCUGAGGCUGUCUCACCGCCAUAAUCAGAGUCAAUCCAGCAUCGACUUUGACCCUAUUUCUCCGGGCACCUAUGCUCCAAAUGGCUUCUCUCAUAGUCCACCAAGGUCGCCUAUGUCUCCUCGCUUUUCAGCCCCGUCAUCUCCGGCCCGCGGACACCAUGCGCAAAGCAUAAACGGAUCUCAUUAUAGAAUGUCGGGUGACUUUGGGAGUGCUGCGGACAUGGGCGGGGGUGGCUUGGGAAACCUUGCAGACGAACUGGCUGAUGCUUGGGAGCAGGAGGAGGGUGGCUAUGGGUAUGCGUCAGGACAGGAGGUCGAACAUAUCCCUGCGGAUUCGCAACAUAUGGAUCGCAGCGACUCAGAAGACGGCUAUCACAUGGGAACCAGGACACCAUCAUCGGGGUACUCGUCCGAGCGUGCUUCUCUACAGCCUCCAAAACCUAAGACUCGGAAUGGAGGUCAUCGACAUCGCCGAACCGAAUCACAGUAUGACGGUUCAGACUAUGGCCCUGACUCGGACCUAGAGGAAGCUGCGGACAUCUCGCCAAGUCUAGAGAUGCAGAUGGCGGAGGUUGAGAGCUUAGCUCGGCGGGGACUGGAAAACAAUGGGAGUGAGAGUGAUCAUGCCAUUGCUCGCGUCGUUGAGGCACUUCGGGAUCUUGGGGGGCAGAGUGGGAUCGAGAAUAAUGCUAUGAGACUUAUCACAGCACACUCUUCCAUCACUUCACAUCUCACCCACCAAACUCGGACUCUCCAAACACUCACCCACCCUCUACUUUUCUCUCCUUUCCCUCUUCUCUCCGAAGAUGCCAUAGAUUCCCUUAUCCCUCUAAUCGACGACGAGCUCUUACCUAACCUCCCUUAUCCUUUCCCCGUCCAAUCCCAUCACUCAUCAAGACCCGCAACACCCUCGCACUCACCCGCUCUGAACCCACUCUACUCCCUCCAAUCGCUCGUCUCACAAACAUCCGAAAUCACACUCUCUUUACAAAGCUUGAGCGAUACGCUUUACGAAUCGCGUCAGCUAACAGCCACCGCCUCUCGAAGGCUCCGAUCUGCGCGCGAACUGGUCUCUGAACUCCGCCGUGAAGAAGAAGGUCGCGAAGAGGGCGCCCGGUGGAUUGAGAAAGGCGACUGGGAUCGCCGUCUCCGAGACCGGGAAGCCGGGCGCGAGUGCGGAGACGUCGUCAGCGGCUUCGAAGCCGUAUGCGGAGAAUGGAGGGAGAGACUCUUCGGAGCUGCCGGCGCAGAAGCCGCCACCGCUGCUGCUUAAAACCAAACUCACGACUUUUGUUGUUCUUCGUUCUUUCUCAUCUGCGACUCCCAGUAUCGCUUCCAGAUGGAAAUUCUCACGAUAACAUCGCCUCAUCAUAUGAAUGAUCUGCGUAAUAUUAGAGGCUGCGACAUACCCCCUUUUUUCACUUUAUCUUUGACUAUUUCUUUUCUAAGUAUAUAGAUCUUUACGUCAUACACUUAUUCCUUUGUUCUGAUCAAAUGCUCAACUUAAAUUCAGCAUGAGACAGCCAGACAUACAUACGCCCCAUCUAUCUCUUUCAUUCAAAGUACUUAACCUUACCAACCGCGGUCCACUAGAUCCGACAUCUUAUCUUAUUCAAUUCUCUUUUGUUGUUCCUGCUCUUUCUCUUCGCAGGUCGAGAUAAAUUCCUUUACCAGUUACACCGGUCUGUUUCUUACCAGUUAAUUUCUGCUUUGUACAGUAAGGCGUUUGUAAAGGAAACAUCAGAUAAACAAAGAAUGCCA